AUGAAGCUCGCCAUCAUCUCCAGCGCCUCCCUCAUGGCCGUUUCCUCGGCUCAGGAGGCCUCUUACCCUCCAAUCAACCUUGGCUAUUACUUCUUCCCUCGCGGCAAUAUGUUCGUCGCAUGGUCUCCCUUCACUCCAACCAAGACACAGGACAUUGUGGAUGUGUGUCAGGUGUCUGGCGCUACCAAGGGCACCGCAACUUGGACUAGCAUUCGAGCAGAGCACAGCGGGCACGUCUACGAACCCAUCUGCCGCAACCCUUUCAACAUUACCAAUGAUGAAACCGGGGAGACAUACUACAACCUUGAGCUGGCUUGUACGGAUGACAAUAUUCCGCUUCAGGAGACUCCAACUGUGACGGCUGUUGUGGAUGUUGCCAGUAACAAGGUUAUCCAAACCUGUGUUCCAGCCGUUGUUGACGGCGCAAAAAAAGCGACGUGUAAUCCCUAUGUUGUGCUCGAUUACUCAUUUUCGUGCUCUUCUUGA